CCCGUCCCGCUCCACUGGCCCACCACACCGCCCAACCCACCCCCGCGCUUCUCGGAUUCCAGCUGUUCCCUCGGAUCCUUGGCCCCCCGCCCGUCCCGUGGCAACGCCGAGGUCGCUCCCAUGAUGCGCUCUCGCCACGCCACCCCGCCAUGUGCGUGCCGCCUUUUGCCAGAGGAAGGAGGACGGGGCAGAUCUCCCUCCCGUGCCACGACCAUUCCCCUGCCCCUGCCCCUGCCCCCUGCUCCUCCUCCCACCGCCACCACCAGCUCAGCCUCCUUGCUCUGCCUCUGCUAGCGCUAGCUGCUGCCGCCGCGCGGGCGUGGACGGGUCCGUUGAUCUCUCUUGCGCGGGGGCGCCGGUGGCGGUGGUGGCAGCGGUGGUUGGUGGUGCGCGGCGGGAGAAAAAAAGGAGAAAAAAAAAGCCGCGGCACUUUGCGCUGCUCUGCUCCUGUAGGUGUCACGAGAUUUGGGCUUAGCCUUUCGCUUUCCUUUUUCCUCUCGCGCACAAGGGAGGCAUUGUGGAGGCCUGGAGGGGAGCGAGCCGUAACAUCCGAGCUGUUCCAAUGGCGACCCCUGCUGCCGUUGCUGUCGUCUCCGGCGCGUCGUUGGGGCGGUGGUAGCGCUGGAGGCAGACUAGUACUGCAGCGGGGGGGAGUACUAGGUUGGUAGGUGGUUGUAGCUCUGCUCGUGCCCCGGGCGCUCGCUCUCUCGCUCGUGUGCUCCGGUUGAUGAGCAUGGGGCAUUGCUCCGAGCAGCGGCCCGGCUUCGAGGUGACCAAGGACUGGAACGGCGCCGACCAGGUCGCGAUCCGGUCGCCGAGGGGGGCCUCCGUCCGGGUCUGCCUGCACGGCGGGCAGGUCGUCUCGUGGAGGAACGACCGCGGCGAGGAGCUCCUCUUCACCAGCAGCAAGGCGAUCUUCAAGCCGCCAAGAGCGACACGUGGUGGAAUUCCAAUUUGCUUCCCACAGUUUGGAAACUGUGGAACAUUGGAGCAGCAUGGAUUUGCAAGGAACAAGAUAUGGACAAUAGAUGAAGAGGCUCCACCACUAAAUUAUGGUGAUAACAACAACAACAAAGCUUCUGUUGACCUUCUGCUAAAGCCAUCUGAAGAUGACCUAAAGUGCUGGCCACACUGUUUUGAGUUACGUCUCAGAGUUUCACUUUCAACGGAUGGAGACCUUUCACUGAUAUCACGUGUCAGGAAUGUUAAUGGGAAGCCAUUCAGUUUCGCAUUUGCUUAUCAUACAUAUCUUUCUGUUUCUGACAUCAGUGAAGUGAGGAUAGAAGGUUUGGAGACCCUUGAUUAUCUUGACAACCUUAACCAGCGAGAACGGUUUACCGAGCAAGGAGAUGCUAUAACGUUUGAAGCAGAGGUUGAUCGAGUCUAUGUUGGCUCCCCAGGCGUAAUUGCUGUUCUUGACCAUGAAAAGAAACGCACAUUCAUCGUACGCAAAGAGGGGCUCCCUGAUAUUGUUGUGUGGAACCCCUGGGAGAAGAAGUCGAAGACGAUGGCGGACUUCGGCGACGACGAGUACAAGCAGAUGCUCUGCGUUGACGCCGCCGCGGUGGAGCGAGCCAUCACGCUGAAGCCCGGAGAGGAGUGGACGGGGAAGCUGGAGCUCUCCGCCGUGCCGUCGACCAACUGCAGCGACCACCUGGACCACCCGGGCAGGCUCUAGAGCCCCGCCCGCUCGCCCCUGGCGAAAGGCAUGUACUGCGUUUUUUCAUGUACAUGGGGGCGCCGCUAGGUCUGCCGGCCCUGCUGGCAGCAGUAUGUUCAGCCUGCUAGCUGUUGAGUUUAAAACUUAAUGUCAGAUGCAAGUAUUGCUGUCAUCGACAUGGUUCCCGUUCCUGCAAUGUGAAUCUCAAGAGUUUAUCUGCA